AACCAGAAGCAAUGGAGGGGAAGAAGGAGAGAGUGAUGGCCGGCGCCCUCUGCAUGCUCGUCAUCCUGCUGUUGGCCCAGCGGCUGCCGGUCGGGGUUGCCGACGCCUCGUCGGCGUUCUGCCAGUGCUACCUGGGCUGCUUUGACCCAGGCUGCAGUGGCGAAGACUGUCAGUACUGCCAUGGUUUCUGCUGCGACAUAGCGUGCCGCUUCCAUGGGGACGGCGACUUCGACAGGGUGUGCGGGGGGUCCGGCGCCGGCGGGCAGCAGGCCUCGGCUUGCGGCACUGAGUACACCGGCCGCGAUUUAUGUGACACUGUGGAGAAGGCCAACUACUGGAGCCGCCGCCACAUCAAGGCCAAGGCCAAGCACGGCUAGACUCCUACUUACUGGGUGCCAUCGUGUGACUGACGAUGUUCAGAAUUCAUGUCAUGUCAUGUCUGAUUAUGACAGACAGUUGAUGUGCUUCUUAUUUACUACUAGUAUAGUAUAUAAAGUCUCGUGUGAUUUGGAAUAAUACGGUUCAUCAAUAACGUAAUAUAUAGUAGUAAUUUAUAUAGUCUAUAUAUUGAUGUGAAUGUUGCAAGCUGAAACUAAAGAGCACAAUGAGAUGUUGCAAGCAAUGUUAUAAUCUGAAAAGAUUUUGACGGGUUCAGUGAAAUUAAUUUACUCCUGUU